GCACACUCUGCACUCUCGGCAACAACUGACGGCCGGAGGAAGAAGGCGCAGACGACAAGCAGAAGCUUGUGCCAUCGAUCAAUGGCGGCGGUGACAAAGAUCUACGUCGUGUACUACUCGACGUACGGCCACGUGGCGAGGCUGGCGGAGGAGAUCAAGAAGGGCGCCGACUCCGUGGACGGCGUCGAGGCAACCAUCUGGCAGGUGGCGGAGACGCUGCCGGAGGAGGCGCUGGCGAAGAUGCGCGCGCCGGCGAGGAGCGAGGAGCACCCGGUGAUCUCGGGCAAGCAGCUGGUGGACGCGGACGGCAUCCUGUUCGGCUUCCCGGCGCGGUUCGGCAUGAUGGCGGCGCAGAUGAAGGCGCUGUUCGACUCCACGGGCGGCCUCUGGCAGCGGCAGGCGCUGGCGGGCAAGCCCGCGGGGUUCUUCUUCGCGCUGGGCACCCAGGGCGGCGGGCAGGAGGAGACGGCGCUCACGGCCGUGUCGCAGCUCACGCACCACGGCAUGGUGUUCGUGCCCGUGGGCUACACGUUCGGCGCCGGCAUGUUCGACAUGGACGAGGUCAGGUGCUGCAGCCCGUACGGGGCCGGCACGUUCGCCGGCGCCGACGGGAGGAGCAGGCUGCCCAGCGACGCCGAGCUGCAGAUGGCCGCGCACCAGGGCAGCUAUUUCGCCGCCUUCGCCAAGAAGCUCAAGGCGGGAGCGGCCGUCGUGGCCUGAGCCUGCCUGAGUAGUGCUCUCUCCUCUCUGCCCAUCGAUGCCAGCUGCUCUUGUCUGCGGAAAUAAAAUAAAGCUCCAUUACGUAUACAACUUUUAUGCGAUAGCCGAUAGGUGGUUGAUGUGAAAUCAGGAACGUGUAGCUUUCACUUGUACUAUACUUUUGGAGUGCCAGCGACUUUCUCGGAACCUUGCUCACUAUAAAAUGUCAAAUUAAAU